AUGGAAAGUAAGAAUGAAAAGAUAAAACCUAUUGAUAGUGAACAUACAAACUCCAAUGACAAUUUGUCAAAAGAAGAACAGACACGAAUUUAUAAAAUAUUACUACUAACUUAUACAAGACGAUUAUCAAAAUGUCAAGAUUUAAUUAAAAAUAUUUAUUUUGAGAAUUGUAUUGUUAAUAAUAUAAAAAAUGGAGAAAGUGAUUUGAUGCUAAAUGAACAUUUGCUAUCUCAACAUAAUUUUAUUGAUACAUUAAUUAAAACGAAUGAAAAAAAUGAGUUUAUAAAAAAUCUUAAUUUAUUUGAAGAAAAUUUUAAUAAGAAAGAAAAUGAUACAACAGAUGGAAAUGGAGAAAAUAACAAUAAUGUUAACAAUACUAGUACUGGAACUAAUAAUAAUACAUCACCUGGAAAUCCAAAUAAUAAUGUGAAUCAAAAUAGUAUAACAAAUCAAAGGAUAGCUUUAAACAAUUAUAUAAUGAGCCUAGAAGAGAGGUACCAUAUAUUUUUAUUAUUAAAAAUAUUAUUUAUUUUAUUUUUGUUUGAGGCUAGACCUAGAUUGUAUUUUAUUGCCAUUGUAACAUUUAUAUUAUAUAUCAGAGGUUUUUUUGACAUGUUAACGAGUAACUUUAAUUUUGUGUCUGGAAAUGAGUCGAUAGAGCAAGUGCUAAGAAGGAUGAGAGAGUCCCAAAAUUUAAACAACCGAGAAAAUGAGCAAAAUAAUGCAACUAAUCAAGAUAACCAAAAUAAUGAAAAUGACAAUGACGUAAAUAAUUUUAAUGAAAACAGAAUUCAAGAAGGUAAUCCAAAUAUAACGAAUCAAAAUGAGAAUGAUAAUACAUCUAUUGAAAAUUUUAAUAAUAUGAUAAAUAACGAGAGAACUCGUGAUAUGAAUAAUUCACAUUUGUUAGAAGAUAUACAAGCAGGUGAUGAGGAUCAAAAUGCAAAUAAAAACAAAACAAACGAAGAUAGUGAUAGUGCUAAUAAAUCUUCUAACGAUAGGCAAAAUAUUGAAAAUACAAAAAAUAAACAAAAGGCUUUUUUUUCAAUACUUCGAAAAAAGAAAGUCGAAGAAAAUAACCAAGAACCAAAAAACAAUAGCAAUAAUAGUAGUUUUGCAUUAGACGAAAAUAAUGAAAAUAGUAGUAUGAUUCAUAACUAUAAUAAUAACAAUGAAACUGAAUUAAAUACUGAUAAUAAUUAUAAUGACAUGGAUGCUUCUCAUGAGGAUAAUACAAACAUUCCAAAUUCAGGUUUAAGAAAAAGAAGGCCAACUGAUAAUUAUGGUGAUAACAACGAAAGUGAAAUGUUGUUUCAUGAUAACUCUACUGCUUUUGCCAAUGUUACAAAUAGUAACAUUAGUGAACGAGUAAAUCAUGAACAUGAAGCAUCGGAUACAAAUCAACAAACCCGCGAUCGUUCUUUAGAGAAUGAUAACAGAGAUACAACAAAUAAUACUGAAAGACAAAACAGCAAUAAUGGAACUGUUACCACUAGAAGAGGACUAACACGAUUAGAAAAAAUUAUAUAUCAAUCUGUGGUUAUGUUUUUUAUGACUUUAUUGCCUUGGUGGGUUCCCGACAUUGCUUAUUUGGAGGAUUAA